AUGGAGAAGAAUACCGCGCAUGUGCGUGCUCCAGAAGUUGACCCAGUUCAUGGAGAAGACCACGUCGAUUAUCGCACAGAUACUCCUCCUGUUGCUAUCGAUCAGCAUGGCUGGAAGUACAAACAUCAUCGAGUCCUUGGUUUUACCCUUUGGUAUGCAUCUCCUCGAAUUCAACUUACCAUGGUCGCAUUCGUCUGUUUUCUCUGCCCUGGUAUGUUCAAUGCGCUUGGUGGACUUGGUGGUGGUGGAAAGUCAGAUCCAACUCUUGCAGAUAAUAUGAACACCGCUCUUUAUUCCACCUUUGCAGUCUUCGCUUUCUUCGGUGGAACUUUCGUCAAUAAAUUGGGUAUCAAGGCUUGUUUGGCUUUCGGUGGUAUUGGAUACUGCAUUUAUGCAAUCUCUCUUCUCGCCUCUGUUCACGCAAAUGUUGGCGGUUUCAAUAUAUUCGCUGGUGCACUCCUCGGUGUCUGUGCUGGUCUUCUAUGGACUGCUCAAGGAACUAUCAUGGUUUCAUACCCAUAUGAAGGUGAUAAGGGCAAAUACUUUGGUACUUUCUGGGCUGUCUUCAACUUUGGUGCUGUUCUUGGUGCUUUGAUUCCCCUCGGUCAAAAUAUCCAUGUGAAGACUAACAGCACUGUCACUGAUGGCACUUACAUCGCAUUCAUCAUUCUAAUGUUUCUGGGUGCUUGUCUAGCUCUCUUUUUAUGUAACGCCGACGACAUUGUUCGACCAGAUGGUACCAAAGUUAUCCUCAUGAAGCACCCAUCCUGGAAAUCCGAAUUCAUCGGUCUCUACGACACCAUCGCUCACGAGCCACUCAUCAUUCUACUUUUCCCCAUGUUUUGGGCAUCCAACUGGUUCUACACUUACCAACAAAACGGCAUGAACGCUGCUGUUUUCAAUACCCGUACUCGUGCUCUCAAUAACGUCUUGUAUUGGGGUGCUCAGAUUAUCGGCGCUCUCAUUUUCGGUUUCGGUCUUGACGCGGGUAACUUCCGUCGUUCGGUUCGUGCCAAGUCUGCCCUCGCUUUCCUCUUCGUCAUCACCAUGAUUACUUGGGGUGGUGGAUAUGCUUACGUGAAGACAUAUUCUCGGGAGAGCACCAACUCGGAUGCUGGAGACUAUUCUCCCGUUGAUUGGACUGAUGGUGGCAAACAAUAUAUUGGUCCUAUGUUCCUCUAUAUCUUCUAUGGUUUCUUCGACUCCGCGUGGCAAGGAUGUGUUUACUGGUUCAUGGGUGCCCUUUCCAACUCUGGUCGUCGUUCUGCCAAUUAUGUCGGAUUUUACAAGGGUAUUCAAUCGGCUGGUGGCGCCGUCAUGUGGGCAUUGGAUGCCAAGAAGCUUUCCUACCACGAUGAAUUCUUGAGCAACUGGAUUCUCCUCUCCGUAUCCAUCGUCAUCGCCGCUCCUGUGAUUUUCAUGAGAAUCAAGGAUACCGUUACCGUCGAGGAAGAUUUGCAGGGUACAGAUGAAACACUUGCGGAUGUGGUUCCAGAAGGACAUGCCGAGAAGAUCGGUGGUAGUUAUGAGUUGGGUGCUCCUGGCCAGCGGGAACGUACCGAUGUCAUCUAG